GCCAGCCCAGCACACCAGCCACGGGCACAUCAUCAUGGCUGACGAUGGGACGAGCAUGCGGAGCUGGGGCAGCAGCGGUGGCACCAGCGGCAGUGGAGACAGCCGCGGUGCGGCGAACGAUUCCCCACGAAGCACAGAAAGGGUGCGUGAGGCCCAGUCCAACAGCCAGCCCCGCGUUCGCGCUGCUGCUGGAGGUGGAGGUGGAGGAGAAGGCUUGUUCUGGUUCUUGCGUGACGUGGACGGGCUGGAGCUGGAGCAACGGUUGCAGCACAGGGUGCGAAGCGUGAGCGGAUACGAAGACGCCGAUCUGCCUCUGGACGAACACAGUGAGCUCACCCUGCAGCGCACAGCAGCGGAUGGCGGCAAAGCCGGUGGCGGCGAUGGCGAGGUGGGCAAGCGCACUGACCAAAACAGCGGUGCUGAAAGGAACGGUGAAGCCACAGGUGAACAAGCCGAGGCGACGGUGGCGCCUACAUCACCCACGCGCACACCCCGCGGCGCGGUGAUGCACUCGACCCCAACACGCAAGGCACAAAAGGAAAAACGCCGACAGGAGGAGCAGGAGCAGCACAAGCAGAAGCACAAGCGCGGUACAAUAGAGCAAGAAGCAAGGCAGGGCAGCAGCCCAACGCGUCGUGCUCUCGACCAGCGCCGCAGCAGAACUACAAGCAACCAAAGCGGCGCUGAAACCAAGAGUGGAAAGACUGGCGAGCCCGGCAGCCGCCUCAUUCAGCUGCUCAUCAACCACAUCAUUCUUGGGCAGUGGCAGUCUGUGCAUGUGCUCUUGGACAAGCUCGUGUCCUCCCGUCCAAACACUGCCCGCUCCCUUCUCAUGGCCAUCAUGCGCGAUCCCGACGCCAUCUUCAGCAACACGAGCACGUCUCUGCGCUCCGCAGAGCAUCUUGCGUGGCUGUGCAUGAAGGAAUGCCAACACCACUUUCCGGGGUCCAUAUCCGAGGAGCUUCAGCGCCACAUGGAGGCGAGCCUGGUGCUGCGCUUUGCUGUCGACCACUUUUCCCAUCGCCGCCAGCUUCAGGACGGCACAAUUGACAUUGCACAGGAGCUGUUGGACUACCACUACCGCGUCAUCACAGCGAAGGAAGGGCCAACCACCGUCUCGGACCGGGCUGUGGACCUUGUUGAUGCCCUGCUUCGGAGCGAGCCCGUGCUCGGUGCCGCUGUCAUCCACACCCUCGCCAGCACAGACAUGCACGACAUUGCACGCUUGCACGGUGACUCUACUCUUCGCUCCCGCCUCCUGCGUUGUCAGGUGCGUUGA